GAACAAGAGAGGAACGGUACUGCAAGUAAUGGCGCCCGAUUCAAACGUGCGCAAAAGUGUACCUUUCCCCCGACGCUCUGAUUCUCCAAGUCUCUCUUCUAAUCACGACGUGUGGCAGCACUCGAACUAGUUUGGAGUAAAACAAAGACGGUUUUAGUCGAAUCUGCUACGCACGCGUGCUGGUGGACGUGAGGAGGCCGCUUGUCCAUUGUUGUCCGCCAUUGUUUGGGUGUUUGGCACGCUUUGCGAGAGGCCCUGCUUGCUUGGCGCCUCUGGCCGGCAAGGCUUAGGCGGCUCAGGCCACCUGGUGGCGCCUGGCCGAGUGGCACCCGCAGAGGCGUGCUGCGCGUGACCACGCAGUGACCACACAGUGACCGCCGGGGCGCAGCACUCUGGACGGACAUGGCGUCACCCGUCGUGUCCCUGUCCCUGCCCCAGAUGGUGGACCUCGCCCUGGGGUCACCAGAGGUGGGCUCCGUCAACUUCAACAUCCUGCACUCGUUGCUGCACGUGAUGAUCCAGCAGCUCGAGCUGCAGCAGUGCGCCGUCGAGUUCCGCGGCCCCGACUCGGAGCGCAUCCAGGCCGCCAUCGCGGGCAGCGCCGCCCCCGCAGCCAAGCUCUCGGAGUACCGGGUACGGGACCGCAGCAGGAAGGACAAGGAGAUAGCGAAGCAGGCCGCCCAGGAUGACCGCGGGGCGACUGAGACAGGGGAGCUGGACGAGGACAGGAGAGGACGCACGAGGACGCGCGCAGCUCGCGCAGCCCGCGACCUCCCCAGCAGCGCGAGUAGCAGCAGCACCAGCGUUAGCGACGGCCACGGCGCGGGUGGCACGAGGUCAAAGGGCAGGAAGGGGUGUCGUCGGCUCCUCGGCCUGGAGGACGCCGAAGAAGUGUUGCGGCACUCGCGGAGGCGGCGCUUCUCGGCGCACCUCCUGGAGGUGCUGGCCAGCUCGCACCGCCUCGGUCGGCUGUCCGAGGAUGCAGCGUCCACACUGCAGUCCCAGGUGCGCGUCGUCGAGGACUCGGAGGCCAUCGCCGACCCGACGAAACGCACCCGGAUGGGCCUGGAGGAGCGCGCCGAGGCCGUCGAGAGUGAGAUCGCUAAGCUCACCGCGCAGGGCGAGGACGCGUUCCGCAGGCUGAGGGUGCUGGAGGGCGCCCUGGAGGACGCGCUGGAGGGAGCUCAUCUGGGGCGCAAGCCCAGGCGGAGGGCCAGUAGGGACACCGCCACGACAGGUAACAAGGUAGGGUUAGGAGAGCAGGGCUCGUCUGACACGCCGCCGACGUGGGCUCCGGCUGCGCCUACAGCCGCCGCCACCCUUCCAGACGCGGACCUGUCCGGCCUGCUGAGGGACGAGCACCUCCUGCUCGCGCUCAAGAGCAAGAUGGCCGUCCUCGCCCCCACCGGGGUCCCCGCGCUACCUGAACGUGCGCGGGGCUGGACAAGGGGCUCGGGGCGCUGGACAGGCGGCUCCACGGCAUGCAGGUCAGAGGGCACUGGGUUGGAGUCGCUUGUCUACCACGCGGUGCGAACGAAGCGGGUCGUGUUCCAGGAGGACCUGGACGGCGCGGUAUCCCACAUUGGGAUCCUGUUCAGGGAGCGAGACCAGAGAGCACUCGCCGUCCAGGGACUCCAGACGCAGGUCCAGGCGCUGGAGAAGCACAAGGCCGACAGGUGGCAGCUGGAGGCCGCGCUGGCGGAGAAGGCCGACCGCGGGCUGGUGUCUGCCAAAGUCUCGCACACCGAGUUUACUGCGGCCUGCACCAACAUUCACAACGACCUAGGGCAGGCCAAGUCGAAGCUGCACGAGACCGAGAGUCGACUGGACUCCAAACUGGACCGCACCGAGUUGCCAGCCGUGGCCGCCGAGCUAGCCGAGCACGUCGAGAGGCUGGUCGCCGAGCGGCCGUGCGACCAGGCCAGGCAGCAGCAGCUGGCCCAGCAGGCGCAGACCAUGCAGGCCGAGCACUUCGCGGCGGCCACCAAAGUCAGGUUGAUCAGGAACGUGACGUGCAUCUCCUGCGACGGGCCGCGCGCCAUGCGCUGCGACGACUGGUGCCCCGCCGUGCCGACGUGCGAAAGCUUCCCGGACAGGAGGCCGACGCGGCCGUACCUCGGGGGCCAGCCCUGCCAGGCGACGCCCCCGCGCAG